AUGCUAGCUAGAAGGGUUAACAGAAGGACGGCAUUUUGCCUUUUUUUUGCCAUCCCGACAUUCUUCAUUUUUAGUUGGAACAGCUUCUGUGGUUUACACUUUGCCCCAUUUUCACAGCGUUGCGAAGGCUGCUUUAAUUCGGAAGGGAAGAGAGAGAACGAACCAGCAAACGAAACCGGCGAGGCUGAACUAGAAAAGACAGAAAACAAAGGAAGAACAUUUGAACUUAAAACCACGCUCAUUACAAACACAACCUGUUCACAGCAUUAUUUCCUCCUCAUACUGGUAUCGUCAGCUCCUUCGAAUUUCCAAAGAAGAAGAGACAUCCGCAGAACUUGGGGAGUCGACACCGCUUUAGCACCUCGAUGGAAGACAGUUUUUCUUGUCGCUCAAUCAAGGGCGAAGGAAACGACCGAAUCACUGUCGAGAGAACACAGUUCUUACAGAGAUCUAUUGCAAGGCGACUACAUCGACCACUACUGGAAUCAAACUCUUAAGAUUCAAAUGGGCUUUGAAUGGGCUGUAAGGUAUUGCAAUUUCACUUUUUUGUUAAAAAUGGACGACGAUACUUUUGUGCAUACGAAAAGGCUGAUUUCCGUUUUGAGCACGUUUUCUUCAGAACAGCUGUACUUGGGAAUGCUUUGGGAAAAGCCGUUGGUAAAAAGAGGCAAAGAAAAAUGGACAAUUAGUUAUGAAGAAUACAACAAAACGCUAUACCCAGAUUUUUGCCCUGGUUUUGGGUUUGUCUUAACCUUCGACGUUGUUAAUACGUUCGUCGAUUUGUUUGACGAUGUCCCGCUCUUUAGAUUUGAUGAUGUUUAUGUUGGCAUGCUUGCAGAGAGAGCAGGUGUGAACGGUACUUUUCACCCUGGUUUCAGACAAUAUCCCUCGCCGCCACAAGUCCCUUGUAGUGUAGAUGAAACAGUUUUCGUGUGGCAUGAUAUAACCGGAGACUGUCUGUUGAAACUUUUUGAAGACACGUUUUAA